CUGAGUCCUCAUCUGUGGCUCCAUUCCCCCAAAAUCGAUCCAAAAGCACAAUCUGAGACUCUUUCUAAAUCUCAGCUGAGAGGUCGAUUUCUCCGGUGGCUAAUAAUCGCACUACCACCAAAAUAGCCCGUUCCUUUAGGCCCAGCUUUUCGCUCCUCUCCGCUUCCACGAAGUCCGUGCUCAUCGGGGUGUCCUGAUAGAACGCUCUAAUUUUCUCCCUUCUCCCUCCAAAUAUCGAUAUUCUUCCCAUUUCUGGCCCUUUCUUCUCCAUCUCCUGUGUUCUAUUCUUUUUUUUUUCUAUUCUUUACGCAACCGCAGAAGGUGCCCUGGAGAGGCGCCCAGCUUCAGGUCGCGAUGGCCGGAAAAAUGACUCUCUAUAAAUUGGUGGUGCUGGGAGAUGGUGGUGUCGGGAAGACUGCUCUCACAAUUCAGUUGUGUCUAAACCAUUUCGUCGAAACAUACGAUCCGACCAUUGAAGAUUCGUAUCGCAAGCAAGUCGUCAUUGAUCAGCAGUCAUGCAUGUUGGAGGUCCUCGAUACUGCCGGCCAGGAGGAGUACACCGCACUACGCGACCAAUGGAUCCGGGACGGCGAGGGGUUCGUCCUCGUCUACAGCAUUACGUCGCGUGCUUCCUUCUCCAGAAUAACGAAGUUCUACAACCAAAUCAAGAUGGUCAAGGAGUCUGCGAAUUCCAGCUCGCCGUCUGGCGCCAGCUAUCUAGGCUCCCCGAUGAGCUCGCCCUCAGGGCCACCACUUCCAGUUCCCGUAAUGCUGGUCGGAAACAAGAGUGACAAAGCGGUUGAGCGGGCGGUUUCGGCCCAGGAAGGCCAGGCGCUUGCUAAAGACCUAGGAUGCGAGUUUGUCGAGGCAUCCGCGAAGAACUGCAUCAACCGCAUGCAACAGCAAAGACCCCAGGACACUCGCCGGACGACUGGUCUUGGCCAGAUGCGUGACUCUGGCCCCGAGUACCCCAGGACAUUUCGCCCCGACCGCCCUCGACACCGCGGCGGUAUCAAGUGUCAAAUCCUGUGA